CGUUGGUAACAGAAGAAGUCAAGAUGGCGGCCACCGACGCGAAGAAGCGUGGCUUUGAGCAUCUGGACGAAUAUGAACCAAAACCUGCCAAACAUCUCCGCAGCCUACACGAUCGCAUGACGGAAAGGCGUCUUGUUGUUGUUCUGGAGGGCGCCUCUCUAGAAACCGUCAAGGCUGGGAAAACGUUUGAGUUGUUGAACUGCGACCAACACAAAAACAUCAUAAUCAAAAGUGGAAGAAAUCCAGGCGAUGUAAGACCAGACAUCACACAUCAGUGUCUGCUCAUGUUGAUGGACAGCCCACUGAACAGAGCAGGCCUGCUGCAGGUUUACAUCCACACUGAGAAGAACGCCUUAAUAGAGAUCAACCCGCAGACGCGCAUUCCAAGAACCUUUCAGCGCUUCUGUGGGCUCAUGGUUCAACUGCUGCACAAGCUGAGCGUGCGAGCGUCUGAUGGUCCACAGAGGCUCCUGAGAAUGAUAAAAAAUCCUGUGUCGGACCACCUGCCCCCCGGCUGCCCACGCAUCUCCACCUCCUUCUCCGCCGGAGAGGCUGUUUGUCCUCGCACCGUGGUGCCCGAGGGGCCGGCCACCGUGGUGAUCGGUGCUUUUGCACAUGGAGCGGUGAAUGUCGACUACACAGAGAAGACGGUGUCCAUCAGUAACUACCCGCUUUCCGCCGCACUCACCUGUGCCAAGAUGUGUUCAGCUUUUGAGGAAGUUUGGGGCGUCUUAUGAUCAACGUUGGCCUGGCAGAACAUCCCCUUUUUUUUUAUGGACUGGUUGCAGUUUUUCAUGCGUGGACAUUACGUGGAUCCUAUUUUCUAUGAUGACAAUGUUAUGACACCAACAUUUUUCUACAGUCAUUGUUCCCAUAUCAGAGCCUGUUCAAUCAUUAUCAUGGAAUCUGUAUGCUACAUUAAUACAAAUAGACCAUGAUAGUUUAUUUUACAACAGAACACAAAUGAACACCGAACAUAAUUGUGCAAAUAAUACAGCACGCAAACAAGGCUCAUAAUACAAAAAUCGUCCUCUUACACAUCACUUGAUGAAAUGCAACAACAGUUUGCACACAACACAAUGUUACAGCGCAUCUGAGGAUAUACUGGUAUUGAUCAUAAAGUGGGCAGACGUUUUUA